AUGUCUUUCGAACCAUACGUCGAUGGAGGCCACUUGAUCCUCUCUCCAAGUGGCCACUACAUUCCCGCCGAUACGCUGCAAAGGGAAUAUCACGUCGAAGUUUUCCGAUAUGCCUUGAUCGCCAUUUACGCCAUGUACCUCUGGGAGUGGAUCGUGACCUUGCACGAAGAGGUGGCGAGAUGGAAGGAAUUGCUGAAGGGCCAAUUCUUGCCCGUCAACAUCUGCUUGCUGGUCUCCCGCUACUCCACCAUUGCUGCUCUUGUCGCUUCAGCCGUCGUCUUUUUCGGCGACUCUGUGCCGAACUGCCAAGCUGGUCUGAAUCUGGUCUACGUCUUCUUCCAGCCAGGUCAAAUCUGCCACGUCAUCAUCUCAGUGCUCCGAGUCCAUGCGUGAGUCAAAAGGCCAGAGUCAGACGCGAGCGCUUCUCGGCAUGAUUUGCAUCCUUGCUCACGAGCGCCUCGCUUUGCUCACCAUCGCAGCUUGUCUAACGGAUCAAAUCAAAUUUGGCGCCCGCUUUCCGUGCUCGGCUUCGUCACCUGCGUCAUUUGGAUUGCCGCCAUUCCCUUCUUCAAGGCUGGUCCAGUCGAGCCGGCCAUGGCAGUUCACUAUCAGCCCGUCUGCCAGCCUCUUCCAUCACCCGCGUUCCGUGUGAUGGGCUGGGGCGCAGCGGCUGGAUUCGACAUGAUCAUGUACGUCGUGUCAACGAUGCUCAUCUCUUCGCGCCUCCUCAGCGCAUUCAGUCCCAAAGCCAAGCGAUUCAUGCACGAUACCACCACUUUCCUGUUCUUGGUCUCCAUCACUGCCAACUUGUCUUGCUUCUUCACCAUCCUUUUCUACAAGAACCUCAUUCUGGCCAACGUGCCUAUUCCUAUUCAAUUCGUGCUCAACUCAGUCGUCGCCACUCGUAUCGUCUUGCACACGGAUGUUUGGAUGGACAGAGGCAAGACUGGUCUGCUCGUCUUGCCCCGCUCUACCGACAUCAACCACCGAGGCUUGGGCCCCGCAGGCAAGCCGUACUCGGAGAACGAUAUUGCGAUCGCGUUGGGCGGCGCACGCGCUGCACCCCGCGCGAGUCAAGGAUCUGCCGGGUACGUCGAGGGUGGAGGCUUUGAGGCACCGUUCAUCGACAGGCCAUACGACGGUCACAGGAGGGGCAGCAACAGCAAAGUCGAGGGUGCUUUGCGCUUCUUCAAUCGACGCGACGCUUCUCACACUACUUUCCACCACGGUCACCCUCUGACACCGAGGACGGACAGGAGCGCGGAAGAUGCUAGCGUGGAGGUGAUGAAGACGGACGAAGCGGGCGCACCCUCAUUCAUCAUGGAGACCACGCCCACUUUCGUUCCGGCCGACUCGCCCCCGACACGGCACAUUCGUCCCAGUACGGCUACGUCCAGCAUCCGUAACUUUGGUGGCGACGAGCGAGAGCGCCAAACUUCUGGACACUCUUCGCAACCCUCACGAUCCGGCGCGCAGUCAGUUCCGGCGCGCGACAAUGACGGAAGGCUGCGCAUCACGACGGAGAUUCUCACCACGCGAGAAUGA